AUGGACAAAGGAGUAGAAUGGCAGCGGCAUGACUGUCAGGUGGAAAGCUAUGUUCUAAACAGCAACGUGCCAUGUUCAGAUUUUAUCAGAGACCUACACUUUAUCACCAGACCUCUGAGUCAAGAGGAAGAGCACUACCCUUUAGCUUUCAUUGUGACUGUUCACAAAGAGCUGGAGAUUUUUGUGCGCAUGUUGAGAGCCAUUUACAUGCCACAAAACAUCUACUGCAUUCACAUGGACGCCAAGGCUCCAUGGGAGUUCAGGGUAGCCGUGCAAAGGCUCGUCCACUGCUUUGACAACGUAUUCCUCUCCAGCCACAGCGAGACGGUGACCUAUGCUGGGUUUUCACGCCUACAAGCUGAUCUGAACUGCAUGAAGGAUCUGGUGACAUCGAAUGUAGGCUGGAAGAAGAUAGUGAAUCUGUGUGGUCAGGAUUUCCCCAUCAAGAGCAAUCUGGAGCUGGUGCAGUACAUGCAGAGCAAAGAAUGGAGAGACAAAAACAUGACACCCGGUGUCAAACAACCUGUACACAUGAGUCAUAGAACAAAACUCCAGUAUCAGGAGAUUCCAGGGUCUCAUGUAGUUUCAAAGGGGCUGAAAAAAGGUCCUCCACCACGCAAUCUGCAAAUUUAUUUUGGGACAGCAUACUAUGCUCUAACAAGGGAUUUUGUAGACUUUGUUCUAAAAAGCCCUGUAGCCCGUGAACUCUUGGAGUGGUCCAAAGACACAUUCAGCCCAGACGAACACUAUUUUGUGACACUCAACCACAUCAAAGGCCGUUACGUGCGAGACAUCUGCGUCUACGGAGUGGAAGACCUGCCAUGGAUCAUCAACAAGAACAGCAUGUUUGCCAAUAAGUUUGAGAGUAAUACAUUUCCGGAGGCACUAGACUGUCUGGAGCAGUGGCACAGGAGCAAAGUGCUGAACCAGACAGCUGUUCCCAUAGAGCGGUCAUGGCUGCUUGCCACUCAGAGCAAUUCAAGAGGCAGCAGGGACUUCAGCAGCCAUGCUGGAGCAUGAAAUGACUGUUAAUGUCCUAAAUGUAGCAGCAGAUUAUUUGCAUUUACUUAGUAGAUGUCACAAAGUGAGAAGGAUGACUGUGCUGUGCACGCCUCAAUACGUCUUUAUGACUCUGACAUUGUUAUUUUUGAUUAUUCAUGAAACAAAGUCAUGAAAAUACAACGAAAUGAAUUACAAAUUUAUUGUUAUAAAGUAAAGCUGUGAGAUGCAUGUGUUGAUAAAUCUAUUGUCUAAUGUAUUAAAGACCACAUGAAAGUGUAAAAAGGCUAUUUUGCAGAAUCUUCUAUUUUGUUCCUUCUUAGACAAGAUAUCAUUUCAUCAGCCUUUGAGAGUUUAAUGACAAACACUUAGUGUUAAACUUAGAAAUUUAAACUUAAGAAUUUAUGGUAUUUUUUAAAGAUAACUAAAUCAAAUUCAAUUAAUUUUCACUUUACAUCAGAGUUUAGCCUGGGCUGAAGGUAGGAAAAUAUGUACGUAACCUUUUAUAAACACAAACUCAAAUAAUUAAACACACAACAGUACAAUACAAAUUAGAUAAUGUUUAAGGUGAUAAAACAAAGCAAUAAAAAAAAUCAUGCUCAUAUUGUUUUUUAAACAACUAAAUGUAUAUUGUUUACAAUAAACUAAUCUAAAACCAGGAGUCUGCAGAGGUAGGGAGCA